CAAAGGUUGGAAGAAGGAGCAGCCGCAAUCGAAAAAGCUACACAGAAAGUUGAAAGCGCACUAAACGAUUUUGCCAUUAAACUCCAAGAAAUACACCCAGAUCUGCCAAACGUCGAAACGGCAUUCGAGGAAGCCGUGGCCGACUCAGAACAAGCAAUAGCUAACGCUUUCGAGUAUGUCACAAUCCUCCACGCUCGCAUAAAGGGCUUUAAGGCGUACAUCGAGCGCUCCCAAGAUGACACCACAACGAACAAGUGGAGCGACACAUCAUCAAUGCAAACUGCAAUCAUAAAGAACCUCGAGCUACCCACAAUCCCCAUUCCAACGUUCAACGGCGAUAUAUGGGAGUGGGACAACUUUUGGGAGCUCUUUAAUACAAAUAUACAUUCACAAAAGGUCUCAGACCUACAAAAAUUUAAUUACCUCAUCAGCUCAUUAAAAGGAGAACCCCUUCAAGCCAUAAAGAAAUUCCAAAUCAGCAAGGAAAACUACCAAAAAGCUAUAGAUUUUCUCAUUAAGAAGUAUGGAAACCCUGAAGAACUCAUUCUUCAACUUCUCGACAAACUGGACAAAACUGCUCCUCGCUCAUACGCUUUGCAUGAGCAAAGAACACUACUGGACCAUAUACAAGCGAUAAUACUCCAACUAAUCGAAAAAGGAGAAAAUGUAAACAAUCAAUGCAUGUACAAGAAAGUACUAUCGAAAUUUCCUAUCGAAACGCAACGUAAAGUACUUUCGAAGAAAACGACAACUGAGGAACUCUUCGACAUGCAACUACUUCUACAAUUCCUAGAAGAGAUCAUCUCCAAUGAGGAAUUGAUCUCACGCUAUACCACAAAUGGCCGAUCAAUUCCAACCACUAAAACCAACUUUGAUAGCAAAGCAAAACAAUGGAAACCCCAAUAUUCAAUGCUUUCAUGCAUGUAUUGCAAGGGUAACCAUAAAUCGCUCUACUGCGACAAGUAUAGAACACCUCAAGAAAGAUGGGCACCAGCUCUCACUGUUCCUGUUCACACACGACGGAAUAACAAANCCAUUCAAACCGGCACCAAUCUGCCCAGAAGAUGUAAACUUCAUUCGAAAGCACAAUCUUCAAAUUGA